UUGAUAUUUAUUGACGGAUUCUGUCUGUUGAAUUAUGUAGUAGUCAAUAGUUUGUUGUCUGGAUCAGACUGGACGUGGAACAAACAAGGUGGUCGUUAAACCCAAGCCUCCGCCUUCGACCUUACCGCCCCGCCACCCACACACAUGUAUAUAACAUUUCUUCCCCAUGAAACUUCAGAAGUCAUCCAGUGGGUCAAUACAAAAUUAUCAUCCCUUUACACAAAAUCCCAUUUCCCAUUUGAAUCUUUGGUUAUUGAGGCGCUAAAAUGUCAAGUCUGAGUCAUUUCCUCCAAGAUUCUGCAGAUGGAUUCGACAUGCAACUGAUCGGAAAUUUCCUGAGUUUUGCGUCAAGAGGGGAUAGGGUUGGAUUAAACCAGAUGUUAAGGGAAGGUAUAUCUCCCAACGUGCAGGACUAUGAUAAGAGAACUGCACUUCAUCUUGCUGCCAGUGAAGGCCAUGCCUCCAUUGUCGAGCUUCUUUUGGCAUACGACGUUGAUGUUAACCUUCAAGACCGUUGGCAAAGGACUCCAUUAGCAGAUGCAAGGUUGUAUGGACAUCGAGAUAUAUGCAGGAUCCUUGAAGUCAAUGGAGGCAAGGAAUAUGUUGAAGAUCAACCAAUGCCAGUUCGCCAUGAAAAUGAUUCACUGGAGGACAUCGACAUCUCUGAAUUUACUUCAUUUCAAUCAUCAGCAAUAGAACAGGGUCAAUUUGGUAACUCAGAAAAGGUCAAGUGGCGUGGAACUUGGGUGAUGAAAACAGUUAUCUCGAGACACAUAUAUCAUCCUGAGAAAAUGGUUUUGACUGCAAAAGAUAAUACUCUUCUCAGGGAACUUCGACAUCCAAAUAUUUUGCAGUUUCUUGGGUCAAUUGUACAAGGUGAAGAGAUGAUCUUGAUUACAGAGUAUUUGCCGAAGGGGAACUUGAAUGAUAUUUUGGGUAGAAAGGUUCGUCUUGAUCCUGCAACUUGUCUACGCUAUGCACUUGAUAUUGCCAGGGGAAUGAAUUAUCUUCAUCAGCACAAGCCUUGCCCCAUAGUUCACAAUAAUUUGCAUCCCCGGAACUUGUUGCUUGAUGAAGGCGACCACUUGAAGAUCGGUGAAUAUUGGAUCCAUAUGUUGUACGAGAGAAUACAUCCAAAUGAAGAGACCCUGUUAAGUGACAUCCUUAACAACUCACUAAAUGAUACUACGAAAGACAUUCGCUCUUUUGGCAUUAUAUUUUAUCAGAUGCUGGUGGGCAAGCACACCAACAUAAACUCCGAGAAUAUGAAUCUCCAGUCUGUUGAAUUUGAAAAGAAGUUCAGUAUGAGUCGAUGCCCUAUAAGAAUCACUCAGCUAAUAGAACAGUGCACCAGUAAGGAAGUUUCUAUGAGGCCUUCAUUUGCUACUGUUAUAGUAAUCCUGGAGGAAGUUAUCUCGUUGCUGAGAAAAGCCGGUUGCCCCGUCUGUUAAAUGCGGACACUCUACCACAUGAACAAUUGAGAUAACAGUGUAAAACCAAAAUCUGCCUGCAAGAUGAAAGACGCGAAAGUGCUUUUGCUUUUCUUGCUGCUGUGAUUAUCUGAAGUUGAACAUUGCAGUGUUUAGUAAGUGAACGAUCCCACACGAGAUGAUCUUCAUUCCUCUCGGAUCUACUAUUAGAACCCUUUUCUCCAGAAUUUUGGUCAGGACCAAUAAGUCUGGAAAUGUAGAAUAAAGUUCCAAUCUUCUUCCCAAGAUGGCCAUUCUUCGACCAUACGUUUUAAGACAAGAUACAGAAAAAAGUAUUCAAAAAAAUUUGAAUUUGUCUUCAAGAUUGUAUUCUAAUGUAAUAUUUUAGAAGAUAUUGGGAUUUGUAAUGUAUUGCGUGAAAUUUAUUUUCUUUGGUGGAUUGUUCAAGG